GUGACGUCACCCCGCUGCGCUAUGAGGCAUGCUUACGUCACGCAAAUCCCCUCGGAGACCCGGAAGCGGCGGGCGCAUGGGCAGCAGAGGCCAUGAGCCGCAGGAGGGGCGGAGCCUGCGGGUGCUAUGUCCAACGAGAACUCAGCGUGGUGUGAUGUUGCAAAUGAAUCUGAUUUUUAUUCUUGUUCCUGGGAAGCAAGCUUUUCACACAGCCAUUGUAGCUGCAAAGAUUUAACUGGCUCUGACAGUGAAAGUGAUCUUCAUCUUUACACUGAUACAAAGGAUCAGUACCAUUCACUGGGAGAAGAGAGGGAAAGAAGCAAAACAACCAAUGACUUGACAGAAGGUCUUCUGGUCUCAGGAAACAAUCAAACCAACAGAAAAAAUAACGGCAGAGACUAUCUUUUACUACAAGGAAAAAAAUCACAACAUUCUAGGAGUAGCCAAAAAGAAAAGGCACCAAAAUCCAUACCACCUUCUACAUUUAACAGAAGUCAAACAAUUGAUCACCCAUCUGCAAGUUGUUCAGCGCGAGUGCUUCAAUCAAGGUCUGCCUUAUCAUCUCGAAAGGAUUUAUUUUCCAAAAGUGAACCCCCCCAGCUCUUCAGUACUGAGCAACCAAUACAGGAGCCAGCUGUUUUCACAAUUAAGAAAGCCUACAUAGUUAAUAAGCUACAUCAAAAGCACCCGUCAGCUGAUUCUCCUCCAAUCUCAAAGUGCAAUAAAGCUGUGCAGGCUUCUUUUGCUUGUAGAGGGGAAGACCCUGGUGAAUGUAUUGUUUGUGAAUGUUCAAAACGAUCACUGUUAAAGGAACAGAGAAACAGAAAACUGGACAAGAAGAAAGUUGCUGUGUUUCAUAACACUGAAAGUAUUGCCAAUCAAGAUUUAUCUUCUGGUGAACUGGUGAAUGGACAUUUACAUUGUCCUUUGGAAGCAGUGACUGAUAUACCUGUCAAACCACAGACCUCCAAGCAUUGGUGUUUGCCCAUUAGUUCAUCAACUCUUGUUAUAUCUCUAGCAUUGGAAGCAGCUUACUCAGUUCCAACUGUUUCAUUAGCAGGAGCCGAAACAAAAUAUAGUAGUUCUUCAAAGGUUAGGAAAGUUAGAGGCGAUGCAAGUAAACCUGUCUUAGCUUUCAAACUUAGAGAACCUGAGCUUAACCAAUAUUUUAAUAAGUUGCGUAUUUCUAUAGUUCCAAAUCCUGCGCACUUAGAUACUGACACUCGAAAGCAAGCUAUUCCGUUUACUGGGCAGGUAGGACUCCAACAAGUCUCAGAUCCUGAAGCCAAUCAGCCUCUGGAAACACAGACUGAUUCUUCUGAUUCUGACAUUCCUGGAGCUCAGAUAGAACAAACAUCUUCUAUAUUUAACCCCCCCUCUGCCAAGCAGUUCUUUGUGUCCUCUGAAGAUACACAGGAUACAGUUUGGCCUUCUACCUCUUACAGGGUUCAAAAAUUUCCCUACAGAAAAGGGAUAUCCAUUAAAGAACCCGUUGAAGAGCAGAAACAUCAAUUAAAAGUCUGCAGAUCCAUAAGACAUCCUAUUGUGUCUACCAAACCCAAAGAAGCUCAAAGAGAUCUAAGAUUUAUAAACAAACCCUACAUCUCUUCCAACCUUGACAACACAAAGACUUUGGAUAUUGAGCCUUUUAAGCAAAAAUCUGGUCACUACAAAACUGUGAAAGAAACAGAAACAAGUAAAUUGAAUAGCGUGCCUUUUUCAGAAGCUCUUAAGUGUCACUGCGGUCCUCUGUCUAACUUGAGUGUCAACCUACAUCCAAAGCGGAGAUAUUCUGGCACUGAGAAAUCCCUAAGCAUUAACAGAAAACCAUCCAAAAAAGGUGGGGUAACACGUAGACUUUCUGCACAGUCUCUGCUAAGUGAUAGAGACAGUACUGAGGAGACCCAGUACAUCUCUCCUGCCAAAAGAAAAAAGGAUUUGAAGAUGCAGAGCAUUCUGAACUUUUGUUUUGGGUGGCCAGGGGCACAAAAGAGGUCACCAUGUAAAGGGGAGAUCUUGUCCACUGCAGAUGAUCCAGAAACAAAAGAGGAAGGUCUUUUGAGCCCACCUUUACCAGCUGAGAGGAGAAGUCUGACUGCCCCAUUUCUCCAAGAUGAAAGAGAGAGUCAGAGUCUCGCAGAUGGGACAUUUCAUCCUGAAGACAAUUUGAACACCUUGGAUUCUCCUUAUACUGGGAAUAUCAGUAAUUUAGUACAGCCACCAGAGCAGAGGAGUAUGUUUCAGGUCAAUAAUAAUAUACCAUUGGAGAAAUUGGACUCUGAGUCUGCCCCAGUUCCUUCUGGAGACUCCAUUCUGAAGAAGCUCAUGUUUUGCAGAUGUGGACAGAUGCCACAACAUGGACUCUUCCCUACUGGAGAUAUUUUCCAGUCAGUUACUAAGGAAAGCAUAAGCAGCUCUGCUAUUGGUAUGGGACCCUGCAAACUGGAGCCAGCAAGGGAGUACUGCCAUAGAGAAAUACCAGAUAACAUGAAUGAAACAUACUGGUACAGUAACCAAUCUGUAUUUCCAACUCAUUCAUCUUUGGAAAACAUACGCAAGCAAGAAGCCACAAGAGGGCAGUUCACUAACACACAGUCUUACUUUGAGAACAGUGUUCCAGCAAAGACGGUGACAAAUGAACUCCUAAAAGAAGGGAAGCGAAUGGAAAUGGGUGAAAGCGGGAAUAUCAGAAGCGAUAUGGAAGCUGCCGCCAUGCAGCAAAUUUGUGCACAUGGCAUCUAUGCUGCAACACCUUCUGAGGAUGGUGGGAGAGAGAAAACACUACCGGAGUAUUCCAUAUAUCACCCCAACUAUUGCCCAUCCUGCCAGCCUGCUGCUACCCAAAAACUUGGCAGAUCAAGUGACUAUUAUAACUGCUUCAAGUCAAAGCAGAAAGAACCCGAGAGUUACUUGAGCAUACAGAGAGGGUUUACAGUUGAUCCUUGCCUGGGGAAUAGGAGCCAAUGCAAAUGUUCUCAAGAAAUCCCUCUUCCCUACAUGGAACAAAGUAUCAUGUAUGAGGAAAAUAGAGCUACACUUCCAAAGAGAAAUGACCCAGACCUAAUUCAGGAUUUUUUUCAAAACCAUUGUGGCUGGAAAAGACCAGAGGAACGAGCAGGCUGCCUGGGAAGGCAAAGCUCAGUGUGGCCUGCCGGUGGGAGGGGCGCUGAGUGAAAACAAGAAGCAAGAGCUCAAAAUGGCGGAAGUGAUCAUUUAUGCCUAAGAACCUGGGCCUGUUAAAUAGAGACUCUCCAAUAAAGUGCACAGCAAAGCUGAUUAUUCUGAGGUGAGGCAGCGAAGUGUGAUGGACCGAACAUGAGAGGAUGAAGCCCAUCGAUACUGAUACAUGAAAAACAACGGUUCCCAGCCUCCAAAUCAGAUGUGCAUUAUUAACCUAUGUAAAAUCCUAUCCCACUA